UUACCGUGACUUCUCUAUUUUCCCGAACGUAUAGCCAAAAAAAAGCUUAGCAACACAACUCAACUCCACACACCACAAACAAACAAAGAAAAACAAAGCAGACCCCACUAGUUGAAGGAGAGCUCGAGAACCUUUGGAGUGAACGAACCAACACCUAACCCACUCCGAUUUUUUUUCAUUUGCUGUUCGUUCACAAUCCAUUGAUCAUGCCGUCUGGUGCCAAGAAGAGAAAGGCCCUGAAGAAAAAGAAGGAACAAGAAGCCUUUGGAGGAGGCAGUCCAAGCAACAAAGGCUUCAAUGGUCAUGGGUAUGAUGAACAUCAUGGAAGCCAAGAUGAAGGAGAAAGUGAUGGCAACUUGAGUUCCCCUGGUUCCCAAGGAAACGGUGAAGUUUGGACAAGAGAUCCAUCACCUUCUCCUUUAUCUGGUCUGAGGAAGGACACUUUUAAAGAGAAAACAGAGGGACAAGAAGCUAAAGGUGAAGACGUUGCUGCUGCUGCACUUGGAAGAGGAACAUGUCACGAGGAGAAGAACGGUGUGAACGGAAAAGCAGCAUCUAAAGAGGCUGGUGGUGGUGGCACUUUGGAAAUUGCACCUGCUGAUGAUGCUUCUGUCAAGCCUGUGGAUUCUUCUGUCUCAGAGGUUAUGAUUACUAACAAAAAUGGGCAUGCUGAAAGCUCGACAGACUCAGCUUCUGUCCAACAUAAAGCUGAUGAAAGCCAAGAGAAGCGUAGACUGGAAGAAACAAAUGAGGGUAACAUCACAGGAUCUGCUGCAGAGACAUCUCAAGUGCCAGAAUGUUCUGAAGAAAAGAGUCAUCUCCCUUCUGGUGGUCCACCAGUUGCUCGAACCUCGUGGUUUAGUUGCUGCGGUUUGUUUGAUGUGAUGGCAGGGUCAGAAAGAUAAUACAGUAUGGUUUGUUGUGAUGGUGAAGAACAUGAGGAGGAAAUCAUUCAGCAAACAGUGGACAUCAAAAGCUACAUGGUCAGUAGAUUAUUUUCUGUACAUUCAGCCAUUGAUGUCUCUGCUAGAUAAUAAUGAGUGUUUUUGAAAAAAAAAUAUACAAACAAGAACAAAAGUUAUUUUCUAUUCAUGAAAAAACAUAGUUAUGUUUUUCUUUUGUGUGAUAUAUAUUGUCUUAUGAUUUCAUA